AUGAAAAAAAAUAUAUAUAUCAUGUCUGCAAAUAUAUCAUCAAUCAAUGAGUCGAUGGACACGACGGGAACCCUCUCCACGUCCAUCAGUUUGACGACUAAAUUAUAUAAAAAACGUUAUUUUAUUUUACUAUUGUUUAUACUGUUGUCGAUGUCUAACGCGUUUCAAUGGAUUGAAUACGCGAUUAUCGAGAAUAUUGUCGUCAAAUAUUACGGGACGACAACAUUUUGGGUGAACUGCACUUCAGUAGUAUUUAUGGCCGCAUAUAUCGCUGGCAUACUUCCGGCCACUUUCCUUCUCGACACUAAAGGACUCCGAUUUUGCAUACUUUUUGGCUCUUUUGUCAAUUGUCUCGGCUCUUGGAUCAAGUGUUUUAGUGUGGAAACCGAUCGGUUUUAUGUGACAAUGAUUGGACAGAGUGUUGUGGCCGUCGCGCAACUCUUUAUCCUUAAUAUUCCUCCACUUUUGGCUGCGGUUUGGUUCUCGGAUAAGGAGGUGUCGCGCGCCACCGCUUACGGGGUGUUUGGCAAUCAAGUGGGCAUUGCUAUCGGAUUCUUCGUCCCCUCUCUAAUAGUGCCUAACUUUAGCAAUGAUAACGACUCGCACGACAUCACAACACUUUCCUCGACAACAGUUAUCGACGUAUCCGAUAAGAUCAUCGGCACCGCAGAGGUCGGGUCCGGUCUGCGGACACUGUUCUUCGGUGUGGCUAUAUUUACCACAUUGUUAUUCGUGUUGAUAGUGUUAUUCUUCAAAGACAAACCAGAUCUGCCUCCGAGCACAGCGCAGGCCAACGCACAGGCGGUCAACGAGAACUCAUCGUUUAUGGGUUCACUUAAAGCGUUGGCCACGAAUCCAAACUAUGUCCUCUUAUUCUUCACGUACGGCUUAAAUACCGGUGUAUUCUAUGCGGUGUCCACUGUAUUGAAUCAGAUGGUGACCGGAGCUCUGGGCGAGCACUACGUGAAAGAAGCGGGUUAUAUGGGCUUUACGUUAACUUUGGCCGGAAUUCUCGGUUCAAUCGUUUGCGGGUAUCUCUUAGACUGGACUAAACUAUUCAAACAGAUAACACUUGGCGUAUAUCUGCUAUCAUUGGUGGGAAUGAUUGCAUUUACAGUCACUCUACACUUCAAAUCUGUUUGG